CGGGGGAUUGGUUGACGCGUCGGGCCGAGCCUGCCAAUGGCGGAAGGAGUUGAGGUUGCUAUGGUUACCGAUGCUGUUAGGCGGGCGCAGGGGGAUGCCGGCAGUGCCCCGCGGAGGCGCGCAGCGGUGAGGACGGUUUGCGUGCGGCUGCCCUGACGUUCGGUCAGCGCUGCUGAAGGUGCUGCGAACCUCUGCUGAGAAAGGAGCGGCAGCUAAAGUGCCGCUGCUGCACCCGUAAGCCCGGAAUUCAUCUUCGUUACCCGCUUGGAAAGUCGUCUGCUACCCCUGGAAGCUUUUGGUGCGAUCUCUGUGAUAGCCGUUGCCAUUUGCAUGGAUUAAUACAUCCAGCUGCUACGUCCUGUCUGGAUGACCUGCAACAGCCUCCCACCACCAUAUCUCUUGUAUGUUGAACAACACAUAAAAAGGAGUGAACCAGACCACAGAACAAUGUCUGCAGCUCAGAGGAUUAGUGAUGUUGAAAAUCUGGUGAAUCCUAUGAGAAAUGCACUUUGCAGUCAGAAAUACAAACCCAUUGACUACAAACGUCUAUGUGAACUCACAGCAGCAGAACAAAUGGCAUCCACAAAAAUUCAAUUAAAGAUUAAAAAGAUGGAGCAAAUUUCAAAAAUCAGCAAAGAGCAAAUGCUACUGAAACAGCACUGCCGAGUGUGGUGGCGAGAGUAUAAGAGACUUAGUGAGAACAGGGAAAAAGCAGAAGCAGAAAUACAGGCUCUUCUUGAUGAAGGAAGUCAUAAGUAUGACUUUUUUUUGGAUAUAUGGGACUUGGAGCACAAAUUGUCACAGGAGCGGGAUGCUUACCAAACAGAUGCUGUGGCUCCUAUCUGGCAACUAAGAGAGAAUCUGAAAUUCUGGCUGUCUGAAAUGCAGCAUUACGUCACACAAGACUCAUCUCUGAAAAACAAAUUCAGUCUAGCUGAGAAGUUACAGCAGAUCGAAUCUGUGAAGAAACAGUGGAAAACAAUUUUGGAAUUUCUUAACCUUGAAAGUCUGGCUUUGGAAAGAGAGCUUCAAGACGACAAAAUAGAAGCCAUAGUGCAUGGUUUUGAAGAGAAAAAUGGACUUUUCCAUGAAGUUCCUUCAGAUCUACUGUCUUUGGAAUUCCCUUAUCCAGACUUGAGGAGCUUUGUUAUCAAUGAAUACCGUAAGCUUGCAAAUGAAUACUGGUCUAAGCUGCAAGAGAUUGAUCAACAGCUGAACAUCAUACAUAGGAACACUGACUGGAAGGAAGAAGAUCGGUGGGUUUUUGAGACUGUCAUCAGUCAGUACCCGAGUGACCUCCAGCAAAGAAGGACCUUGUACCUCGAUAUGCUGCAGAGAUGCCUUCCUCACAAGUCUAGGCACGAACUGGUUACUCAUGAGAAAGCUUGGGAUCAUUGCAAUUUCUUUAAGAAUCAACGCAGAGUCUUGAUCUUAAAUUGGACUCAAGCAAGGAAAGCAUUCUUCCUGAAGGCGGUGACGGCUGUUGCUGAAGCCUCUGCUGCUCGGGAGGCAGAAGCAGAAUCAGUUAGUAACAGACAAAAGCAACAGGAGAUCUGUGCUGAGCUGAAAGCCAAGGUCCUACAAUGGAGAGCACAACAGGAGGAGGCGGCUGAGCUGGAAGCUGCUGUAGCUGCUAGAAGAAAAGAAAAGGAAGACGAGAAAGAAAGGCUACAGAAAGAGCAGGAAAUGAUUCGCAGAGCUCAGGAGAAAGAAAAAGUUAAAAAAUACUUGGCUGAGAAACAGCUUAAGUGGCAAGAACAGGAAGAAAAAGAGCUACAGCAUUUGGAGGAAUUAAGGAAAUUAAUGGCCAAACAAGCACUUAAAGACAGAGAACGGGUGAAGUUUAGACAAGCGCUGCUAGAAAAGCGGAUCCUGGAGAAAAAGGAGGAGGCCCUUCGAGAAGCGAGUGCAGCUGAAGAGAAAGAGAAAUGCCUGGAAGCACUCCGACAAAAGGUUUCCAUUGCAGCAAAACCAGACCCAGCGAGAGCGGUGGCUGAUACUGCAGCAUCCAAAGCUCGGAUGGGCAUUGGGUCCACAGAAGAGUUUGUUCUUCAGAAGCCACUGUUUCACUUGCAAACAUACAAUGAAGAGCAGAUUAGAAUUGUGGCUGCCUGCUCGCUGGUGCUGAACUGAAAAUCAGAUGGGAUGUUGUUUGUGAGAGCUGAAGGAGAAACCAGUCAGGGGGAAGCAGUGAGGUGGCUUUCGGGUUGCUGCUCUGCUGAGGACAGUGCUAGCUCUAUUUCAACUGAAGUUAAGCAACACAGGGAGAGACUUUCUCUUUCUUUUACUACUCUCCAUCUGUCAGUGUGUGCAUUUGGAACUGAGAAGCCCUAAAAUGUCUUAAAAAAGGAAGUGCUGGGCAAGCACGGUAAUAGACAUCAUUACAUUUCAGCUAUUCAAUGCUAAAAUAAAGCUUUUAUGCCAUGGAACUACAUAAUAGCAUUCUUCUUUCUGUCAGUAUCAUUUCCAAAUUUCCCAGAAUGGGAAUGAUUUUGAAUGCAAGGGUCUUUGUUUGGCUGAGAAAAUUUACCCAAAUCCAGUGGAUGAUGUGAGGUUUGGAAAAGUCUGGCUUGAGCGUGCUCUAAAAGGUGCAUGUGAGGUUGACAUGUGAGUGCUCAGAACGCUCUGCCCUCUUCAGCUGGUCGUGGGCACUGUUCCUGCUCCUGCCAACACCCAGCACCUGGCCAAGGCAGCUGAAAGGGGCUGUGCAUUUUGUCAGAUAACCUCAUGGCAAAUUUUAGCAUUCAUUUUCCUGGGCCUUAGCUGUUGUU